AUGCAUGCAAGUCUUUCUGGACAAUACAUGGUAACGGUGGAUGGUUUGACAGCGCUGGUUUCUGGUGGCUAUUUUUUUGAUGGUUCUCUCAUCACUUCUUUGAACGAAGACGAAAUUCGCGCGCUUGUUCGUCAAGCUCUUGCAUCUGAUAUUCAUUCAUUUUGUGUUUGUGGUGUUUUCUCUCCAUGCCGACCUGAUCAAGAACAACGUGUAGCUGAAAUCAUUCGGGAAGAAUCAUCAGAUGUAUUCAUCACUCUUUCACAUGAAAUUGCCGGCUUGGGCUUAAUCGAACGUGAGAAUGUCUCGAUUCUUAAUGCAUGUCUUCACCCACUGGCUUUUCGCACGAUGAGAGCAUUAGAACAAGCUCUUCCUCCUGGAAUACCUCUGUUUCUCACUCAAAAUAAUGGAACUUUGUUAUCUAUUGAUCAAUGUAUUCGAUUCCCUGUUCUUACAUUUGCUAGUGGUUCGACGAACUCAAUGAUUGGUGCAGCUCAUCUGACUGGUAUUCAAAACGGGAUAGUAAUUGAUGUGGGAGGAACAUCGACUGAUAUUGGAGUGAUUGCCAAUGGAAGGCCAAGACAAACAUUUGCGAAAGUAUAUCUGGUCGAUGACAUUCGUGUCAACAUGAGCAUGCCUGAUGUUCUUUCUUUGCCAUUAGGCGGUGGCACAAUUAUACAUGUUGAUGAGGACACUGGAUCAAUAUGCGUUGGUCCAGAUAGUGUCGGCUAUCAAUUAGUAACUCAUGCAUUGGCAUUUGGUGGUCAAACUAUCACUGGUACAGAUGUAGCGCUAGCUGCCAAAUUGACUUCUGAGAUGAUUCGUCCACCUCACUAUGCGGUCUGCAAUGCUGUGGGUGCUGCUCUUUGUCGAGUUAGCGCUAGCAUUGAAUCGAUUGUUGACCUUGUUCCAUCAUCAAUCGACGAUGGCGUACAACGAAAGCGUGAAAUCGACCGAUUGACAUUAAUGGUUCAACAGCAAUGUGAACGAAAUGGUGCUCAGUCAAAUACGAUUCAGCCACCAAAAUAUAUGAGCAUGGUCAACAAGCAACCUAUGUUUGACGACAAUGGUAAUUGGAUCAUCGAUACGAUUGAUAUCGAAUACAUCGCUUAUGGAGCUGGCAUUCUCGGUUUAACAUGUACGGGUCUACCAGGUUAA